AUGGCGAUUUUCGACUUGAAAAAGAACCUCGUCUUCUACGGCGCAUACCACCGCGACCCCACAAACGUCGCCAUCCACAUGGUCUGCGUCCCUAUCCUCCUCGGCACAGGCUUUCUCUUCGGCACCAACACCCCCACCCUCCCCAUCCGCACCCCCGCCCUCCUAACCCGCCUCCACCUCCCCCCCAACCUCGGCACCCUCGCCGCAGCAACCUACUCAACCCUGUAUCUCCUCCUCUCCCCCAACCUCGCCGGAGCCACCAUAACCCCGCUCGUCCUCUCCCUCGCCUCCGCCUCAAACUACCUCACAACGCGCUUUUCCAAAACAAAAGUCAACUCCAUCGCCGCCGCCGUGCACAUCGUCAGCUGGAUCCUACAGUUUGUGGGCCACGGCAAAUAUGAGGGCAGGAAACCCGCGCUGCUGGAUAAUCUGGUCCAAGCCCUGUUUUUAGCGCCCCUGUUUGUGUGGUAUGAGGCGCUGUUUAAGUUGGGGUUUUACAAGGGGCUGAAGAAAGAGGUUGAGGAGGGGGUGGAGGAGGAGGUGAGGAGGAUGAGGGAGGGAGGGAAGGGGAAGGGGAAGAGGAAGGGGUUGGGGGGUGAGGAGAAGGGGUAUGGGACUGUUGGGGAGGAGUGA